AUGGCGUGCCAGGCGUGCUGCGUAAACUGUCGCUCUGGUCCAGGGCCGUCCGAGUCACCGAGCCAGGUUCAAGACCCGUUCCAACUCGACAACCUACUCAAGGCGGGGACGAUAUCCGUACAACUGGGCGACGACGUCCGCCCAGAAGUCUACUGCGAACACAAGCAUGCGGGGGACGGCUGGCACCCCUACAAAGGCACCUCGCCGUUUCUCCCCUUGACCAAUCUCGUGGACGUCAAGGUGUGCCAGGACCUCGAGUUUCUGGUGAAGCACCAGUUUGUGGACGCGACGUACAAUGUUGUUGGGGAUCAGAAGCUGGUCAUUAGGGUGUAUCUUAUCCCUUACGACUUGGCGGGCACGAGGGGUGUGCUGAGGAAUAGGAAGGAGGGCGUUAUGGUGCCUGGGCGCCGGUUUAUGCGCAACUUGAUACCGAAGCUGGUAGCUGACUGGGAUGGCGAGGGAAAGGUUGUCGAGGGGAACGUCUUCCCCAAUUCCAAAGACUCUCGAACGCUGGCUGAGAUCUAUAGCGGUCUUUCCUCGCCAGACCCAACGCCAGUACCAGGAUACGGCGAGAUCUCGUCUCGCCUGCUGGACCAUGAUGAUAACUUGGAGGGCCUCGGACUUCGAAGCAAGCUUUAUCGUUACCAAAGACAAUCAGUCGCUGCUCUUUUGCAGCGCGAACUGGACCAACGGAGCGUCAAGAGCCCUGUCUACGUCCCUCUCACUGACCUCGGAGGUCGGUCUUUCUACUUCCAACCGGGAACGAUGGAGAUCCUGCUGGAGAAACAGAUGGUUCUGCCUUGUCGAGGCGGGAUCCUCUGCGAGGAGCUUGGUACUGGGAAGACGGUCAUGAUUAUUGGCCUUAUUCUUGCGACAUUGAGGCAACUCCCCCAGCCAGAGGAAUCAUUGCUAGACGACCGGCCUAUUUUAACCCCUCUUUCCUUCAGAACUUUUCCUUCGACGGAAUGCGUGCGAGCUCGCGGGAGGUUCGGGUCUAAAGACCCGCCGAUAGGGGACAGGGUUCCGUCCUUGGUUGAGUUACUGCUUCAUCGCAGUCGCACCGCCCCGGUUGACGCUAUUUGCAACUACAACACACUCGCAGAACGACGUCAGGCAGAGAAGGCGGAAGAAUUGGAAGAAAGGCUCGAAAACCUCCCUUUGGACCAAUUGCGCAAGGCGACAGUUCCGUUCUAUUUCCACUAUGACGGGGACCCACUCGACCUCGCGCGAAGCAGAAGACGGAAGAACGAUGCUGCCCCGAAGCGUAUGUACUUGUCGGCUGCAACCCUGGUGGUUGUUCCAGCAAAUCUCCUCAGUCAGUGGGAUAGAGAGAUCAGCAAGCAUGUCGAGGCUCCCAUACGUGUUUUGAUACUGCGAACAACCACACCUGUUCCGUCUGUCAGGGAAUUGGCCUCAGAUUACGACAUUAUCUUGAUGACCUACCCCCGGUUCACUGCCGAAUCGGCGAAGAAAGCCAUCUCCAAGUUGCAUUCAUGGAAACUCUGCGAAUGCCCUGAAAUCCCAGGCUCAAGGGUUCCGGACUGCAAGUGUCAGGUUCAGGAUGUGUCUCCCUUUCUCCAGAUUAGAUGGAAACGACUCGUUAUCGACGAGGGGCACGUCUCUGCUUCCUUGACCACAAACCUCACGCCCUUUGCCAAACUGCUCAGCGUGGAGAGGAGGUGGGUCGUCACAGGCACACCCACGACCAAUUUAUUGGGCCUUGGUCUCGGCAAGCGCACGAUAGAGGAACUGCCGAGCAUGGAUCCUUCGGAAGAUGAAUCCAUACCCAUGGAUGUCGACACCCAUGAUACCUUCGUCAGCGGGAACUUCAGCACCUUCGACAUCAACGCCAACCUCGCCGCCGGCCGCAAAAUCGAUUAUCUACCAUCUACCGAACCCGAAUCACCAGCUUCUUCUCGCUCGAAUGAUAGUUCCCCCGGACCGUGCGACACCGCAGUUGGUCGUGUUUGGAAGACCUACGACCGGGAAGACCUGCGGAAGCUGGGGAAUAUGAUCACCCAUUUCAUCGCUGUCCCUCAAUUCGCUAGCGAUCAUAAACUCAUGAGUACGCAUGUUACCGAUGCGCUCAUGGAUCCUUUGGGUCCUCGACCAGGCGCUAUCACCGUCCUUUCGCAAAUCAUGAAUAUGACCAUGAUACGACAUCGAGUCGAAGAUGUAGAAGACGACGUGAUUCUCCCGCCCCUAACGCACGAGUCUGUUCUGUUGGAGCUCGACCCGUUGGCGGUGAUCUCGUAUAACAAUCUUCAGGCUGCUAUCGCCAUCAACGCAGUUGACUCGGAACGAAAAGACCAGGAUUAUCUCUUCCAUCCGUCUAACACCGAUCACUUACAAACGACGGUGAAGAACAUGUCACAGUUGAUGUUCUGGCAUGUCGACGAUGAACUGUUCAACGUAGAACAGCUUUACGUUGACGGCCCAAAGCACAUCAGAAACGCGUUGGACCGUGGUGCAUCCACAGAGGACCUGCGGCUUCUCAACGAUGCCUUGAAACAUGUGGCUAUUGCUGCGAAUAAUCCGUUGUGGAAGGCCGUACAGAGGCAUGAAGAUGUGGUGUAUCGUGUUCAUUCCAUGCCGCUAGCCGUAUAUGACGCAUGGAGAAGGACACCCGGAAGUCAGGAUCCUGCAGACCCUACUUUUGUGGGGUUCCUACACGCCGACAGGCUUAUUGGUCUGUAUGACUGGCUAGUGCGAAGACCCCUAUCAAGUGAGCAAGACCUCGUAACCAGGGGCCAGCACGUCUCCGUUCGCGAUGCAGCGCUGCGCAAAGCGUUCAUGGAGUCACAGCAGAAAAAGUCUGGCAAGGGAAAGAAGAGGGAUUCCUCAACCUUACUCGAGCAACCGCCGGUGCACAGUCAGACAGCGGAUAAUGCUCUCAGGAAAGCUUCGGCGAAGGAGACGUUGAAGGAGAUGCAGACUGAGCUGGAUGCGUCGAUGGCGUUGAUUGAGGGUGCUGCGGAGGAGGAUGCUGAUCAUUCGGAUGGUCUUGCUCUGAGUCCUGCUAAAGCUGAAGCUCCUGGUGAAGGCGGGAGUAGACUCUCGAGGUUGGCUGAAAAGUCAUGCCUUUAUCCCGUCAAGAUUGGAGCUUCAACCUCUAGCAAGUUGAACUAUAUCAUAAACGAGGUUCGACAACACGCAGCCAACGAGAAAUUCCUCAUUUUUUCGGAUUCGGAGCUCACCCUGGCUCAUGUCGCCGAAGCACUCGAGUUGAUCCACGUGCGGUUCCUGCGGUUUACUACGCAGGUCUCCCCGCAGAUUCGUGAACAGCUCGUGUUGACGUUUGAGACCUCGGAGAAGUAUCGAGUGUUCUUGAUGGAGUUGAAGCAUGGUGCUCGUGGAUUGAACCUGGUUUCGGCUUCGCGAGUCAUUUUCUGCGAACCUGUUUGGCAAGCCGACGUGGAGAGUCAAGCUAUCAAGCGUGUUCAUCGUAUUGGACAAACUCGACCGAUCACUGUGAAGACCUUGGCCAUCAAGGGGACACACGAAGAAAACAUGGUUGCGCGGCGCCAUGCCCUGCACAAUACCCAUGACAAACUUCCGAAACUCAUUGAGGAGGCUGGGAUGAGGGACUUUAUCGCUAACCCUAGAUUCAUCGAAACGUCACCACAGACUGUGCCAUUUACCCCAUUCCCUCUCAUCGAUUUGCCUCGGUCAGAGACCUCGACUAAACUCACGUUCAAAUUACCUGCACGUCAGUUAACGCCGUCCACGAAGAGAGUUUGGGUCAGCGACCCCAUUAUUGACACUGGCGAUGGCACUCAACCACUCGAGGCUCCUGCCCCCCCAACUACACCUCCAAAGAAGCGAAUCAGGUUUGCGGACUGA